AUGCCUCGACUCGUUCGUAUGUAUUUAGUUUUCGCAGAAAUUGUGAUUGGUAAUUCUAUUGCAGCUUUAAGUCAACCAACUAUUUCUAGAAUUAUUUGCCGAGUUUUUUUAAGUCUUGCGAAAAGAGUUAAUGAAUACAUUAAGCACCCAACUGAUCCACACGUUUUAAAUGAGAGCAGAGUAAAUUUUUAUAACUUGGCAGAAUCUCCAAGAAUAACUGGAUUAAUAGACGGCACGCACGUUUGCAUACAAAACCCACGCGAGCACGAAUAUGUUUAUGUUAAUAGAUCAUCAAAUCAUUCGAUCAAUGUCCAAGCAGGGUGUGAUUAUAACGGAAAGUUCAUUGAUAUUGUUUCAAAAUGGCCUGGAAGCACACAUAAAGCAAGAAUUUUAAGAGAAUCAAAGCUUUGUAAAAAAAUGAUACAUGGCACUCUUAAAGGUAUAUUACUUGGCGAUUCUGGAUACCCAUGUUUUUGUUGGUUGCUUACGCCGUAUCUAAGUCUAACUACAGCAACUCAGCGUCGAUAUAAUAUAUAUCAACAUCGAUAUAACGUGUUUCGAAGGUGGAAAAGACGGUUUUAUUUGCUUCAUGGAGAGGUUUGA